GUGCAACAGUUUGAAACGCGUCCUUUCCUUUGCGCUCGGUCCAAACGCUGUGAACAAUUUCACUGAAGAAACCUUAAAUGUUUACUUAUGCAUACAUCACAUACAUAAUUACCCUUAUUCCCAACAGGUAGAUAAACAAUGAGUCUAUUAUGCGACGGAGCUGCCUACCUAGACAGCACUUCGGACAUUAGGCUACAGUUGCGUUCUAUGGUUCAUCUGACUCUGAACGCAGCUGUAAUGGCCAGGCAUGCUGUCUGUGCAGGCAGGUCACUAUAGGAUAUGAGACGCAUCCUGUGUCUGUGGAAGGCACUUGAAAUGAGUGUAUGAGUAAUUGCGCGCAUCACGUAAAAACUGUUGACGCAAUUAAAAUUUUCCCCCUUUCCGACGCGACAACCCCGGAACCCGGGAGUGAUGUUAUUUCUGAAAAAAAAAAAAAAAAAAAUCACCCCCACGAGUAAACGAAUAGAAACAGGCAAAACUCAAUAAAAGAGUCGGUGGAGCGGUUGAGCUUGAGAAUGUUUAUCACGCUUCAGAAAUGCCUCGAAUGAGUCGCGUGGGAUUAAAACCAGCAAUCUUAAGAAUCCAUGGAAUGUUAUCUGGAGACCUCUGUUGAUUACGAACUUACCUACACUUCUUGAAUAAGACUCUGCGAACAUGAGGUUAGAAAGAUGAACAUGUCUGAGGAGCAAAUAAACUGCACUAUAAGCCACGAGAUUCACCAGUACCUGUUUUCGGGUGCGUACAUCCUUGUCCUGCUAGUGGGUCUUCCCGCCAACGCUUACUCGCUCUACCAUGCCUGUCUCCAACUGAAAGCCCGCAAUGAGCUGGGGGUCUACUUGCUAAACUUGACCAUAUCUGAUCUGCUGUACCUGGCCUCCCUGCCCCUUUGGCUCCAGUAUAUCUUCCAAGGGGACAACUGGAGCGGCUCGGAGUGGCUCUGUCAACUGUGUGGUUUCCUGCUCUACGAGAACAUCUACGUCAGCAUUGGUUUUCUGUGUUGUAUCUCCAUUGACCGUUACCUGGCGGUGGUCUACCCUUUCCGCUUCUCGGCUUUCCGAACGGUACGAGCAGCAGCGCUGGUCAGUACGGUGGUCUGGCUCAAAGAGCUUGCCGUAGGAGUGGUGUUCUUCCGGCACAAGGAGCUCAGCAGGGACAAGCACAACCAAUCUGUGUGCUUUGAGCACUAUCCCAUGAAGACAUGGGAGUACCCAAUAAACUACUACCGCUUUUACAUAGGUUUCCUGUUUCCUUUAGGAAUCCUGUCCGUGUCGUACUUUAGAGUUCUCCGAGCAGUGGGCAAGAGUGCAGGCACGCAGACAGCCCAGAAAACUCGCAUCAAGUACCUUGUGACCAGCACCAUCGUCAUCUUCCUGGUUUGCUUCUCACCAUACCACGUCUUCCUGCUGGUACGCACCAUAUUGGAGCGGGACUGCGACUUCAUUGAGAACAUUUUCAACUACUACCAUUUCUCUCUGUUGCUUACUAGUUUUAACUGCGUGGCCGAUCCGGCGCUCUACUGUUUUAUCAGUGAGAGUGCCCAAAAGGGCAUCCAGAAGGCUCAGGAAGCUUGCACUCGGGUCUUAUGCUGUUGCUCAAAAAGCCAUGGAAGGUUCAACACGCACUCUACUGAGCUUGCAGUCACCAAUGAUAAUGUUACAGGUACCUCAGCAGUGACACUCUUGCAGCAGAUCAAAACUGAUGUUUGA